AUGGAUGGAAAACCAGCACGAUCAGUACCUUCAACAGAUUUUGAGAAAGAUGCUGUAAAACAUCUUUGUUUACUUACAGUGAAGCCUAUCAUAUAUGUAGCGAAUGUGGCAGAAUCUGAUCUAGCAGCGCCCGAAGAUAAUCCUCAUGUCGAAGAAGUGAUGAAUCUUGCGUCGGAGUUACAAUCUGGACUAGUAACAAUCUCAGCACAGGUUGAGUCACAGCUUACUGAACUUCCAUUGGAAGAAAGAACAGAAUAUUUGGAGUCUCUUGGUGUUGAUGAAAGUGGCCUUGGAAAUCUCAUUAGAACAACAUAUGGCCUUUUAGGACUGCGUACAUACUUCACAUCUGGUGAGAAGGAAACAAAGGCAUGGACCAUACUUGCAGGAAUGACUGCCCCUCAAGCUGCUGGAGUUAUUCAUUCUGACUUUGAGAAGGGUUUCAUCCGAGCAGAGACGGUUGCUUACAAUGAUUUUGUUGCCGCUGGUUCAUUUGCGGCUGCAAGGGAGAAAGGGCUU